AUGGCAAAUAGUAUCUCAAAAUACGACUGGCUGGUUGCCGAUAGUGAAGGUGAAGAAGAUACAUUGAUUACAAACGCUAGUGCUGGGCAGGUAAAUCCAGAAGUGUCCGCAAUUCAGACUGCUACAUUCACACCCGUGGAUUCCCCGCCUCUUCCACACCAGACAACGACUGAAAUAUCGUCUGCAUCCUUGUUUACACCUCCCCCAGCAGAAAAAUCUGCAAUAUCCACUAUCUCCCCCUUCACUGCCGAAUCUCCUGUCAGACCAAGACCGCGCCCCAGGCCAAGGCCCCGUACUAGCAUUGUAAAUCAAAGCUGGCUAGACGGGGACAAAACUGGUGGAAAUGACACCUCCAUUGAUCGAGCCUCGACAAUCGCUAGUACUUCAUUGGUAACAUCAUCAGACAAAGCUAGGGACCCAAUAUCCACCUCUACAGCUAUAUCCACAAUUAUCGACGACCUUUACUCUUCGUAUGGUAUCGCAGAACGUGCCAAGAUGCGAGUGCGGAAUUCUCGAAAAUCCAUUCAAGAAGGACCUUCAGAAGUGCAAUCCGCCAAAGCCAGCUAUAAAAUCAACAGCUCUGAAAUCAUUGAACUAACGUCUGACGAAGACGAGCGUUCUCUUAUACCUGCCAAGCCCUCUAAGAGACAAAAGUCACAAUCGAAGCCUAAAGCUAAGAAGAGCACGAAAAUGGCCCCUCCCUCCGACAUUCUCUUCUCGGAUCCACUCCUACCUGAUGAUCCACUACCUCCUUCCAGCAUACAAGCACCUUCCGAGUCUAUUCCCUCUACAAUCCCUACAAUUCCCGCUACUACGCCUCCCGAAGUAUCACCUCUCCGCAAUCCAGUUCCUUCUCCAUCCCUAUCCCCACGGAAACGUAAGAGGCGGCAGCUCGUCAUAGACUCUGACGCCGAUGCGGAUGAUAUCGACAUGGACUCUGGCGUGGCAGAUGCGCCAAUACCGUCAGCAUUAGGACCACCGCUUUUCUUUGCAUCUUCCUCUCUGCCUAUUCCUGAGGCUGAUGCAGAAGUUCCGGAUGUUGCAGCUGCGGAGACAAGUUUUCAGAAGAAAGGGAAAAAACAAACAGAAAGCAAGAAAAAGGACACGAAGAAGCAGGCAGUAAACAAGUCGAAGAAGAAAGGGAAGCAACAGAUUGAAGUUGUCAUUGACACUGUCGAUAAAUCAAAACCCCAAAACAAUGCUUUCGUUGAUCCCAGCCUAUCUACUGCUACUACUAGCGUGCCUCCUGCACCGCUAUUGGACGAAUCAGAUCUAUCCCCCGUUCCAGAUUCCGAGUCAGAGGAUGUGCUUCAGCAUCAGAAAGCCGAAGGCAAAGAAGUGCUUAAAGCUGAUGUGGAACGGUCUACGGAUACGUCUAGGAAUAAGAAAAGGGCUACAGCUACACCUUCCAUGAAACGAAAAGGAAAGGGAAAGAGCAAGGCUAUUUUGUCUGAUGAUGAUGAAGCGGGAUAUGCUGACAAGUCUGAAGUGCCUUCAGUGGGUGCAGACGCAGACGUGAGCAUAGGUCUAGCGAGUAAGGAGAAUAUCCACCCACACCUAGGCGAGAUUCCGCAACAAAGUAAGCCAUCUACAAAGGUGUCACCUCCACCCGGUUUGGAAAUUGCUGCAAGAGGGCGCUCUACUAGUAUCAAGCCUAGUAUCAAGCCUACGCCUAUGUCUGAGUUGAUCAAACGUGUGAACUCACAACCUGGGUCACCUUUCGCUCAUUCUCCACGUCCUGCACCCAUCUACUCCCCUUACCUCAAGUCUUCGCGCUCGCUCCUCUCCCGCAUCGCUCCACUUCACCCCAACCGUCGUACUCCUCCCCCACCUUUACCUAGGCCACCACCACCAAAGAAAAGUAAGAAGCAACUGCAGAUGGAAGAGCGAAUAGAGGAGGAAUUAGCGGAAACGAUUGAAGGCUGGUCUUGCAUGACUAAUGAGGAACGAAAAGAGCUCAAACGAGCGCGAAUUGAUCUUGAACUUGGUGGGUAUGAUUGA